AUGUCAAGCGCAGAUGCGAAACAGCGAAAAACAGGACAAGGUCCGCGAUCUUCUAAGCGUCGUGAGAGUGUUCAAAGUACAGCAAGCUCGAGCAACAACGAGUCGGGCCUAGAGACCAUUGCGGGAAAAGUUAAGUACUCCGAGCUCGCCAAAGAGAAUGACUGGGUGGAUCGAGAGCUUAUUGAAGCUAUCGAACGGGAUAUUGUCGAUCACGGGGAGAAGAUCACGUUCGAGAAUAUCGCAGGGCUUGAGCAUACGAAGCAGCUACUGCAAGAAACUGUCAUGCUUCCGCAGAUCGCGCCUCACCUCUUCACGGAUGGACUUCUUAAGCCUUGCAACGGGGUGCUAAUGUUUGGCCCACCAGGAACGGGAAAAACGCUGCUAGCUAAGGCUGUCGCACACGAAUGUGGGACGACAUUUUUCAAUGUGUCCGCCUCGACACUUUCAUCCAAGUAUCGAGGUGACUCCGAAAAAAUGGUUCGAAUCCUGUUCGACAUGGCUCGCUACUACGAACCCUCGAUCAUCUUCAUGGAUGAGAUUGAUGCAAUCGCGUCAGCUAGAGGUGCAGCAACCGAACACGAAGCCAGCCGAAGGGUCAAGACGGAGUUGCUGGUUCAAAUCAACGGCGUUUCGUCUGGGGAGCACGAGGGCAGUCGAGUGAUGCUUUUGGCGGCCACCAACCUCCCGUGGGAAUUGGAUGAAGCCAUGCGACGACGACUAACAAAGCGAGUGUAUAUACCGCUUCCCGAAGCUGAGGCACGUCGAGCUCUUUUUCAGCUUAACAUGGGGAAAAUUGACGUGGGUCCAGAUGUGAGCCUGGACGAGCUCGUGGAUGAAACUGAGGGCUAUAGCGGAGACGAUAUCACGAACGUCUGCGAAACAGCCAAGCGAAUGCCUGUGAAACGAGUAUAUACGCCAGAGCUACUUCUAAAAAUGCGGCGUGAUAUGGAAGCGGGUGAAGAUUUUCGUGAGCUUGAGACUGAACGACUUGUAGUCACCAAGGCGGACUUUGCGGAGGCUUUGAGCAAUGUUUGCAAGUCUGUGGGCCACGACCAACUUCGUCGAUUUGAGGAGUGGGAAGCUGAGUUUGGUUCUAAAUGA